AUGUACACCACAGAAUCACAAAAUGAACAUCUGGAGGAUAAAAACACCCCAUCAUCUACAACUUCUCAGAUCCUCAAAGAUAGUAGUAUUAGUGAACAUCAAGAAACUAAGGAAACAGUCUUGUCACAAACAGAGGAAACAAAACCACAGAUGGAAAAGACUUCUUCUUGUCCUCCACAAGGAAAACUGAAUAAAUUUAUUACAAAUGGAGUUACAAUUUUUAUGGUAUGGUGUGUAGCCUGGUCAUUCUUUGGCACUGAAGUUCUCCCUGGUGGAAAUUUAUUUGGACUAUUAAUGAUCUUUUAUAGUGCUAUUAUUGGGGGGAAGCUUUUGGAACACAUUAGAAUACCUUCAGUACCUCAACUUCCACCUCUUCUUGGGAUGUUACUGGCUGGUUUUACUGUCAGAAAUGUUCCAUUCCUCAGUAAUUACAUCCGUAUUAAUAACAGGUGGUCUUCAGCUUUAAGAAACUGUGCCCUUACCAUUAUCCUAAUACAAGCUGGACUUGGACUUGAUCCACAGGCUUUGAAGCAUUUGAAGAGAGUUUGUUUAAGGUUGGCUAUUGGUCCUUGCCUCAUGGAGGCAUGUUCCACUGCUGUUAUUUCCCACUUCCUUAUGAAAUUUCCCUGGGAAUGGGGAUUUCUGUUGGGUUUUGUGGUAGGUGCUGUCUCUCCUGCUGUGGUUGUCCCUUCCAUGCUCCUUUUGCAAGAAAAUGGAUAUGGCAUUAAGAAAGGCAUCCCAACCUUACUAAUGGCUGCUAGCAGUUUAGAUGACAUCAUAGCAAUUACUGGAUUCAAUACAUGCUUGAGCAUCGUCUUCUCCUCAGGUACUAUACUUAAUAAUGUCCUUGCCUCUUUUCGGGAUGUACUUAUUGGCAUGCUGGCAGGAGCUGUUUUGGGAAUUUUUGUUCAGUAUUUUCCGAGUGGAGAUCAGACAAGACGUCCAGUGAAGAGAGCUUUCUUUAUUUUGAGUAUGUCUCUUACUGCUGUCUUGGGCAGCCAGCGUAUUGGUUUACAUGCAGCUGGAGGAUUGUGCACACUAGCAUUAACUUUUGUUGCAGGGAUGAAUUGGUCCACAGAAAAGAUUAGAGUCCAAAGAAUUAUUAAAACUACAUGGUAUAUUUUUCAACCCCUUCUUUUUGGUUUGGUUGGAUCAGAAGUUUCUGUUGCAUCUCUUAAAUCAAAUGCUAUUGGCAUUUGUGUUGCUACCAUGAGUUUGGCAUUAUUGAUUCGAAUUUCUUUUACGUUUGUAUUGAUGUGUUUUGCUGGCUUCAAUUUUAAGGAGAAAAUAUUUAUUGCUUUAUCGUGGAUGCCCAAAGCUACGGUCCAGGCUGUAUUAGGUCCUCUGGCUCUAGAAACAGCAAGAUUCAGCGCACCCCACUUGGAACCAUAUUCGAAGGAUGUGAUGACAGUGGCAUUUUUAGCCAUCUUGAUGACAGCUCCGAAUGGAGCUCUAAUUAUUGGCAUACUGGGGCCCAAAGUACUUACACGCCAUGAUCCAAACAACAUCAGUAUGGAACUGACAAAGAUGGAACUUCAUUAAAAAGUUUAUUUGCCAUCA